AUGAACACCUUGUUUAAUCCGCUGAAAAUUGGUACCCCCAAUGCUGGAGUGAGAUAUUUUUGUUCCUCCAGAUUAUCAUUAGCAGGUCAUUCUAAAUGGGCCAAUAUUAAACACAAAAAGGCAGCUAACGAUGCCGCAAAGGCAGCGGCGUCAUUCAGAAUGUCAAGGCAAAUCCAAGUGAUGGCCAAAAUGGGAGGUGCAGAUUUAGCACAAAAUAUUCAGUUGGCAAAUGCAAUCGAUAAGGCUAAGAGUAUGAGUAUACCAAAGAAGGUUAUCGAAAGUGCAAUUAAAAGAGGCACCGGUGAACUGAAAAGUACCGAGAAAAUGGAAACUGUUUUAUAUGAAGGCCUAGCUCCUGGCGGAGUGUCUGUUGUUAUUGAAGCAAUUACAGAUAAUAAGAACCGUACAAUUGGAUACGUCAGGCCAUGUUUCAAUAAAUUCAAUCUUAAUAUGAGUCCGACGCUAUACCAAUUUGAGAGAAAAGGUGUAAUUCUAUUGGAUGUUGGUGAGAAAACAAGUGAUGAUGUAUUUGAAGAAAUGUUAGAGCUAGGAUGUGAGGAUAUUAACGAGAUUGAGCAUAAUGAUGAGAAUGAAUUACUAAGUGAGCGUAAAGAUGGUAAUUUGAUUGAACUGGUCACCGAUCCAAAGGAUUUUGGUAGAAUUGCUAAAGAACUGAAGGAUAAGUAUAAGAUCAAGGAGAUGAAUAUCGAGUAUGUUCCUAAUGAAGAUACCAUGGUUACUAUCGAAGACCCAGAUACCAUGCGCAGUUUUGAGAAAUUCAUGGCAUUGUUAGACGAUAUUGAAGACAUCUCACAAGUUUAUACAAAUUUAAAGGAGGAUUAG